AAAAGAUAAGGGUCGUGUAAGACAAUAGGCUUAAACUUGCUGGUCAGUUUUACAUAUAAAGGAACCCUAGGUUCUUUGCUUCGUAAUUCAGGACUCUCUGCUAAUCAAAUCAAUCUUUCACAAAUCGGAACAUCUUUUGGAUCAUCGUGUUCGUAAGUGGAGGAAGAAUGGCAACAAAUGAACAACCCAAGGCUGCUAAUGAAGAAGCUAAGAUUGAUCUGUUUGAAGAUGACGAUGAGUUUGAAGAGUUUGCAAUCGAUCAAGAGUGGGAUGUAAAGGAAGAAGGAAAUGAAGUAACUCAACAAUGGGAAGAUGAUUGGGAUGAUGAUGAUGUGAAUGAUGACUUCUCUCUACAGCUGAGGAGGGAACUGGAAAGCAACAACGAGAAGAAGUGAAUAUGUAAUUCCAUUUGCAGAUUCAGGUGUGAUUGUUUUUCUGGUAUAAAAUCUUGAGUUGUGAAUCUUAUGCACAUUUUAUUUUAAAAUUGUUGCUUUAACCAAAUGAAGAAUUUGAAAUUCUUUUGAAAUGUUGAUUGUGUUUGUAUA